AUGGCUACUCAAAGGGCUGUCGUCAUCACCCUGCCCCAUACUGGUAGCCUCGUUUCCGACAGGCCAAUCCCGACUCUGAGGGACGAUUGCAUCCUCGUCAAGACUGUGAGCGUGGCCGUCAAUCCCGCCGAUUGGAAGCUCAUCGCCUUCCUUGCGCCGCCCGCCGUACUUGUCGGGAGCGACUAUUCGGGCGUCGUGGAAGCUGUUGGUAAAGACGUGAAAAAGGAAUUCAGCCAGGGAGACCGCGUGUGCGGGUUUGUGCACGGUUGCAAUGCCGUGCAGCCUGAGGACGGUGCCUUCGCAGAGUAUAUUGUGGCCAAGGGUGAUUUGCAAAUGAAGAUCCCCGAUAGCAUGAGUUUCCAAGAGGCCGCGACCCUGGGGGCGGGCAUCAACACCGUGGGGCAGGUUUAUAAGAAUUUAGAACUGAAUCUUCCCAACAACCCAAUCAAGAACGCAGUGCCAAUCCUUAUCUACGCUGGGUCUACUGCCACCGGUACCCUAGCUAUCCAGUUUGCUAAACUAUCCGGCUAUAUGGUGCUCACGACCUGCUCGCCGCACAACUUCGACCUCGUCCGCCGGUUGGGUGCAGACGCCGUGUUCGAUUAUAAGGAUCCGGAGGCUGCGAAGGAAAUCCGCAAAUACACAAACAACAAUCUGAAGCUGGUGUUGGACUGCAUUUCCGAUGACUCGAGCACGGAGUUUUGCGACAAUGCUCUCUCCACCGAGGGCGGCAAGUACAACUCCUGGCCUUCGGUAGGUAUUGAACGCUCCAAUGUUAAUAGUAGCCAAACCAUUGUCUACACGAGCAUCGGCGAGGCCUUCGAGCUUGGCCCCAUGUCAUUCCCGGCUAAACCGGAGGACAAGGCCUUUGCGGAGGAAUUUCUGGCUGUUGCUGAGCCGCUGCUUGCGGAGGGAAAGAUCAAGGUCCACCCGGCUAAGCUUGGAAAGGGUGGCUUGCAGGGUGUCUUGGAUGGCCUGCAGCAGCUGAAGGAAGGAAAGGUUAGCGGGGAAAAACUGGUAUACAAUGUUGGAGAGACACGUUAG